AGACUAGAUGCUGUUGGAAGCUCGGAAACAUGGAAAAGAACAAUUUCGAUAGCCUUGCAAUUCUUUCUGAAUUGAAUGCGCAUCGGAACGCUUGCACAUUAUUCAUAGACCAUGAUGGAGAGCCGAUUGCAUCUUCGCUCGAUUUGUAUCCAUGGUCUCUCAAUGCUGCUCCUUGGCCACGACGACGUUCAGUCAGAGCAGGGAGGGUGUUGCACGGCAGCAAAAAGUUGGAGGGCAUUGAUCUUUGUGUGAAGGAAUCGCAUUCAAACCUGGCCUUCAAGAAAUUAUUAGAGUCUACGGAUCUUUCUUCUCCGCGCUUACGACUCCGCGAACAAGCUCGAAGUGACUCGCCUGAGGUAGACCCUUUACUGAGAUCCAGAACGGUCCAUUGGUCUCUGCCGCUAGUACGCGAUGACGGUCCAGAGUACAACGAUUCUAGAGAAUCUCGAUGCAUUGUUGGUAUGGAUUAUGGGAAAUGUUGUCUGAAGCAUGACACGCCGCUGGAAUCUACAAGCUUACAGACGUUUCUCCAACUGAAUGAGACAAGCUGCCUCAAACAUCUCAUGUGGGCCAAUCGAUCUGCAUUCCAGCUUCGGAGGAGAUAUUUGUUGCGGUUGGGGAUUCCAGCAAGCAGCCUGAUGAGCUUGGCAGACUCUUCAAUAUUUUCUAGAGAAUCGAAUGACAAACGAGAAGUAACGAAACAUCUUCGGGCACCAUCAAGUCCAACAAUGAUUAUGGAACGCAGAAAAAGUCCAAGGAAUGAUUCAAGUUCAAGUCAGAAUUCUAUGUUUUGGCCGCUGACUUUUAGUUGGAAUAAGAGAUUGAGGCUUGGUGAUUCACUGAGAAUGGAUGGUAACGAUGACGCAGCUGAGGUUUCUACGAAGCAUGGUGAAUAUCUGGACGAUCCUGCACGUGCAGAGAUGGAUUUUUUGAACGGCUGGUCUGUUUAAUCCUUCGGGCUGCUGCAUACUAGGCUAUGAUCGAAAUAUAUUUGAGCAAUAUCAGACUAGAAUCAUAAAACCUAACGUUU